GACGAAUUGAAAGCGAGGUUUGUGGUUUGCGUCCGAGAUUUGUACUCCGAAGGGAACUCGAUCGUCGCAAAACAAAUAUAUCAAAGCUGUUUCUUUUCUGGUAAUUAUAUUCAAGGAUGCCCUUACCGCCAGCACUCGUUGCACGCCUAAAGCAGAGAGGACUGAUCAAGCAAGAUAGUGAAGACCCACAUGAGGAAAUAAUUGCUGAAGAUUAUUCUGAUAUAAGUACGCCAAUAUUUCCACAAAAACCGUCAGAAAAGAUAACUGAAGAACCAAAAAAGAAAGAUGCUCUGGAAGGAGUCUGUCCUAAUCGAUCCAACAAAUGGCAUACAUGUAGUGAUUAUUGUGAAAAACGAUGGGUAAAACGACGGAAAAAAAAGGCUACAAAGGAAGUGAGUGAAGAGAUUCCAUCUGGUUGGGUAAAGGUUGCUGAUGAAAACACAGGCCAUGAAUAUUAUUGGAAUAUGGAAACGGAUCAAGUAUCAUGGCUGCCACCAACAGAUCCUAAAGCCAAAAUUACCCUACCAGAGUCCAAACUAAAGGAACAAGCAUCCAAAAAGGUCACCAUAGAAGCCGACAAUGAUGAUGAAGAGGAAUCUGGUCAUGUGGAGCCUGUCAUUGUAUAUGAAACUUGCUGGAAGUGUGGAAAAAAGAUCAAUAGUACAACUGGAAUUUGCAGAAUGUGUGAAAGAGGUAGUAAAGGAGGACCAAUCCGUGACUCAGACAGAAAAGAAAAAGGGCGUAGUGCACCAUACUUUAACAUUCAAAGGGGUCAACAUAAAAGAAAAGCCGAGUCUGAAGAGUUGGAUCCCAUGGAUCCUAGUGCAUAUUCCGAUACCCCAAGGUUUUUUACAGAGGGACGAGGUCAAAGUGGAGGCGGUCCAACAGGAAGUAGCAAGCCUUCUGGAGAAAAGGGCGAUGUGCCUGCCCUAGUGGGGAACCCCCGUGUAUCACCAGGGUUCUAUUCCCGCAUCUUCCUCAUUUCGAAGAGUGUAGGGGUGGCGUCCAGUCCUAGACCUCAGUCGGCUGAACAGAGUGCUAAGACAGGUGACCCAGCUGCUACACCAGUCGUUGGUCUAUCUGAACCCACAUCUCGACGAAUGGUUAGUACACAACCGAGACAGGGAGGUCUUAGUGGAGCACGUGCGGUUGACGUGCAGGAUCCACAUGUGAACCUGAAAUUUAGGGUUCAAUCAACGACCCAAGCGAUUACGGCUCUCCUUUGGCGGAAGGUCGCAUGGUACUUGGAAACAGGAACACCCCUAGUUCCAACGACUCUCUCGCUGACUCUCAUUACAGAUGCAUUGCCCCAGGAUGGAGCAGUCAUCUGA